GUCAAACUACAGAACAUGCCCGUACUAUCUUACAUUCUACAAAGGUGGGUUUAAUGCCGAAGAAUUUGUACUGAGCUGUAUUCUAAUAUAUAUAUUUAGCCAAGCCUAAAAGCGGAGCUUCCGGUUUCAUUACAAUAAUAAUAAUGAUGAUGAUGAUCGUUUUGUUCACACUCGUGCACAAUACGAUAUAACCUAGUUGUAAAUACUGAUACCGGCCAGUCGGAUACCAGCCAGAUCGGUGGGGUAUGCGUAGUUCAGAUGUUGAAGCUGCCUAACCCUAACCCCAACCCCUAUGUCUGCUUUUUCUUAUUAUUGGGCUACCUGUGGCAAAUCCUUAUCUAGUUAUGGUACACUACUAAAGGAUGGCUCAAGCGGCUGUGGGUGAGAGAUUUUUUAUCACUCUUAAAGGGCUCCUACCCUUGUAUAGCCAGCGUGUAUACUCUUGACUCACGGAUUGAGGGGUAGAAGGGAAAGAGAGAUAGCUUCCUUUUUUCCCUUCCUUUCGUCCAGAUCUCACCCACAGGCUAACCCAUAUUCUUCAAAUCAGACUUAACCUUGUGUGUAAUUCUGGAUCUGCAAGACCUGGUAUUAUUAUAUUGCUGAAUCCUCGAGCAGGCGAGAUGAAGUAAAUCCUGCGUUCUGAUUGGCUACCCGCGCGGGUAAGAUGGGCCCAUCUUUCCCGCUCAGGAUAUCCCGCGUUUGGUCCCGCAAAGAAUAGGUUUCUUGUUAACCAUACAAUAAAUCCCUUAUUGACCAAGCUUCUUCGGUCAAUAUGGCUGUAUGUUAACCUCUUUCUUUUAUUGCGUUUUUAUUGACCUCGACUUCGUCCCGGUCAAUAAAAACGCAAAGAAGAACUUGGCCAAUAUCCAGCCAUAUUGACCUCACGCUUGGUUAAUAACGCAUAUCUUUGUGUGUGAAAGGUGGAUUCUACUGUUACCGGUCGUUUUGAUACAAAGUCAUUUCGGUACAAGGCUUUUCGAUACAAGUUUACUCACUCGAGCUGAAAGUAGUUGCACCUCCUUGGCUUAAAGAACGAAGAAAAUUUACCCAAAAUGUUUUUCUUGUUCAUGCGCAAAUUAUUCUGGAAGAGAACGUGCAAUUUACUGCUUAAGUUCGUGUCGAAACGACUUGUAUCGAAAUGACUGGUUACCGAUUCUUUUACCCUGGAAUUUUGUAAAGCCCAAGUGUAGUGUGACUAAACCUGGGAACAGGAACGUCAAAACAAAAGUACUAUGUAGAAUGCAUAGUUUGUUUUCUUGUGAUCAUGUUGCAGAGAGCAGACAGUAGAACCAAACGUACGAACCGCAUCUCGAACGUCAUCCUUUGUUCCCCCGAUGUUAACAACUUGCAGUAACCAACUGGAUCUUCCAUCAGAAGUAACGGUAAUUCAGCUUCAUUUACUUCCUGUUGUUGUCAUGUCUUUAAUUGUUUCGGCAUAGUUUUACAAUGAGUCUCUUUCUUUUGUUCUGUUUGCAUGCAGGAAAGCUUAGCAGAGGAAAUGAUUGCUCGGUUUGAUUUAAACAAGGUACGUCUCGAAUGCUUACUUUCCAUAUUACCAUCAACAUCAUAAUAUUAUUUAUAUCAAGAGUGUGCUUUUUUUUAGUUAUUAGAGAUGCAGAUCUUUUCUCUUUUCUUUUUUCGUAAGCAGCAUCAUUCUUAGUUAUCUCCUGAUAAAUUAAAAAAAGAAUGAACACAGUGCUCUAGAGCCUCAACUCUGUCUUCGUGGAGCUGCAUGCAAAACGCGCAAGAAAAACGUGCAAAACGAGUUGAAUAGCGAUGUGUGCCUUUUACCACCCACGAAUCAAUCCUGUCAGGCAACAAAUCAGAGAAAACGUUCUGAUUUUGUGUUUUAUUCAUAUCUAUAAGACAGUACAUUUACAGCCGUUGAAAGGAAAUGCAAAGGUAGGGAUGUGAAAGGGGUACCAUUGCUCGAUAGAGGGUACACGAAGGGGGUGCUUCUUCUCUCAAAAGUGCCUUAUAAAAGGGUAAGGAGUUGGACCUCGGAGCGGAGCCUCCCCGAAGAAAACUUUGCCCAGUACCCCCCGGGUAUGGGAACAUAGGAUACUGAGUGGUUACCGAGGUUCAGUCAUUUUUUCGUCAUUCUAGGACCAAGCAACCGCUCUUCUGUCAUGUGCAAGAAUGUUCAACUCGUCAGUGGAUAUAACUUCUCCCUCCCCGCCAGUUUGUUUGAUUCACGGUGAGUUCACACUUGUACUUCAUUUCGCCUUCUUGCUUUCCCAUUUCCUAUGUCCUUUUUUUUGGUUUAGUUAUGUCUGGAAUGACUUGUCAGCUGACAAUUUGAUUAACCAUAAACGACUGUUAAACUGUGACAAUAGACUGAUUGGAACGCACCAAUGACAUUACGAGUCUUCAUAGCCAAUGACAUCACGGCUUAACUGACAGGAGGUCAAUAACAUCGCGACUUAAUUGACCAAUCAGGUCAAUGACGAGAGUUUAAUACCAUCAAUUGACGUGAUACAAGUUUCUUUGACUCUGAAGAUGACUACCGCACAGGUUGUCGAAACGUUAGUUACUGUCAUAAACAGUCCUAUCCAGGACUAUGUUCACCCGGACGAUCAUACUCAAACUACUUUUGAAAUGACUCCUGGGUUCAAACCUUUCACAGUUUAACAAUUUUUUCUCAGUAUUUCCCCAAAAUUAUCCUACUUUUGUUUUUGUUUACCAUUAGGAGUAUUUGGCGCAGGAAAAAGCUUUCUUCUUGCCGUCGCUGUUCUAUAUCUAGUAGAGUUAUUUAAAGUCAGCGAUUCUCUCAAUAACCAGAGGUAUGGUUAACCUACUUGUAUGUGAUGAGUCUCCUUUAAUUCCUUUUGAGAAGUAUCGUGGCUAUAUCCUUCAUCGAAAUUAAGGCGCCUGGCCCCGGUUGUUCAAACGUUGGAUAGUGCUAUCCACCGGAUAAAUCACUAUCCAGCGGAUAAGUAUUAAUAAUGGUAAUUGAACUAAGUGGAGUGCAAUUUGGUCUGAAAUCAUACGCGUGAUUUCAAAAUCGAACGAGCGCGCAGCGCGAGUUUGAUUUGAAAUCACAAGUAUGAUUUCAGACCAAAAUUGCACGACACGAAGUUCAAUUACCACUUUAUUACAUCCACUUUGAAAUCGCAGAAUUUAGUCAGUACUAAUAUUUUAUUGAUCGAGUAGCCGGUUUGUUAAAAAGCCGAAACAAAAAGGCUUUUACAUCUCAUUUUGUAUUUGAAACAGAAAUGAUGCAAUAUAUAGAACAAAAAUGGUGCGAUUUAAAACACAAAUGAUGCGAUUUAGAACAUGAAUGACGCGAUUUGGAACAGAUGCGAUUUAGCGCAAAAAAUGGUGCGAUUUAGGAAUAAAUCACACUGCUGAGAGCCAAUCAGAUUGCACGGAUAACCAAUGAUUUCAAAGUGGAUGUAAUAAGGGAAACUAAUUGCACUAUCCACUGGAUAAUGAUUUAUCCACUGGAUAGCGCUAUCCAACGUUUGAACAACCUGGGCCUGGUUAUUUAAAUUCUCAUGCUGUCUCUCUUGAGGAAGUUGGAAGCGAUUGGAGCCAAGACUUGCUCCCUCAGAAGAACUUAUUCGGCCCAUUCAAAGACUCGCUGGUCUCUCUUGGCUUCAAUUCAGUUCAGGGACACUUAAAAUAAUCCUAAAUCAGUGCUAUAAAUCUUUUACUUACCUAAACGAGCACAGCAAGAACAGGUCCUGUGAAUUUACAAUAAGACCAUCUAGCCUAAGCGAACCAGUGACGCACAAGAGGUCAUUUUUUCGUAGAUGUUAACUUGAUAGAGUCAAUUCUGUCUUAACGGGCACCUUUUUUAAGGUGGAUUUCCACUGUGACGUAUUUUUACGUUCGUUCGCGCGUACUCAGGCAAAAAUCACGUGACAGUGGAAAUCCACCCUCAAAGGACACCUCCCUGAAAGGCUCGCCAACAGUUACUCAGGGGUGAUAUGGUUGUGCGAAUGCGUAAGGUAAUGGCCAUACCGCAGAGUUGGUACGUGUGCUUCAGUGUUAAAAUUGGUACAGUUACUCCCUCUGAUUAUUCAGCCAUCUUCUUCGAUUCCAGAAGACGGACUCCUCUCUAACGCGUACUCUAUAUGCGGUUACCAAGGGUGUCCUUCUUAGAGAGUAGUAUAAAGAAAACCAGCAUUUCAGUGAUAUAAUAUCUUGCUUUUUGUUCUUCAACAGUACUACUCAAUCUCAGCUAAAGAUUCUGGUUUCCUCAACAACAAACGUCGUUGUGGAUCGGAUUCUAUUAGGGUAAGACUUAGCAUCCCUUCUGGUCAGCUUCAUUUAACAUAGCUUCUGGACAGGAUCGUUUUCUUAACAGGUCGAUGCGUUUCGGGUCACUUGGUCCGAGCGUUCGCCCGUUCGCCUCGAAUACGUCACCGAAGUGAAUUGACCGAGAGGGACUGGGGAAACCCCGUACAGGGACUAUAUAACACUUACUUAACAGUUACAAGUUUUCAAAAAGGUGAAUUUUAGGCCCAAAGUGAUACUCCCAUACAAGAUGCUGUUAUCAUUGUGGCUGUCUCAUGACUGAGGCUUAGCACAGUAAAGCAGAAACUUGCAAGCCUCACUUCGUAAUAUGUUGUACGGUGUGGUGGGGAGGGGGAAUAUGAGGGAGUAGCUUAUUUCCGGAAGCCCGGAAGCUUGUCGGUGGAGAAUAAAUGUUAAGCUGUUAGCUGACAAGAGGGGCUCACGAUCAUCGGGGAAGGAAUUGCUAUAAUUGGACUUUCGUUUUCGUUUGCAUCUUAAUAAGCAGGAUAAUUAAUUGGGAGCUUAAGCAACAAGGAUCAAUUUAGGGUUCUGGAAAACUGCCCACCUACCCCUCCCCUAGGCCAUCAUUUUGCCCUAAGUGGGAAGUAAGUGUUAAUGUUAGCUUAGGGAAGGGGUGGGUGGGCAGUUUCCCAGAAACCUAAAUUGAGCAACGACGACGACGACGACGGCAUCUUUACCGGCACCGCGUGACUACGAAGUCAAAGUGCCUAAGUUCACGUUUUGUGUAGAACGUGAAGACGAGUCGAAGAGUUUCUUUUUAUUUCCUGAACUUUGAUACAGUCUUUUAGAAUUCAACGCCAGAACAAUUUGCUAACAUUUGACGAAUUGAACGAGAUGGAACAAGCGCGAAAAAUUUUGAUGCAGCGCGAAUUCACUUUUUAAGCGACGUUUUCGUAGCCGUUGCUGUUGUUGUUGCCUAAGCUCCCUAACUGGCGAUAAAAGAAGGGCAUAUUACAGAAAGCUGAAAACAUGCGGGUGAAGCCACUUAGAGCAAAAAAGAAUGAAGCUUAUACAUAUAUCGGUAAUUUAUAAUCAUUUAAUGAUUUAUACCCGUACAGACUGUUGGAAUUGGGUUUCGAUGAAUUUGUUCGAGUGGGCAGCAUUCGUAAAAUCGCCAAACCAGUGUUACCUUACAGUGUGCACAGUACAGGAAGCGAUAGUCAAGAACUGAAGGAACUUCAAUCUUUACUCAAAACUGAACUGACACCAUCCGAAAGAACGUGAGUACUCCGACACUAGUAGAAGAUUUGAACUCUAUUAGAAAAGUAGACCCAAUCGUCGUCGACUAUGGUCAUAGUCAAAUGUAUUGAAAGGUUGAUACUCUUCACCUUUUAUAAUUGUCUCUCCCCACCCCCCUGCAACAAUAGACUGAUUUAGCAACAGAAAGGGAACGUCAGUUGACGACAGCGCGCGCUAGUCAAACAACUGGCUUGACCAAUGGGUGAGCGGCAAAUUGGGCACCGGAAGUCGAGUUUAGUCCUUUCCGCGCACUUUCCCGUCGACAAAUGACGUUCCCGUUCUAGUGCUAAAUCAGCCUAAUUUUGUACUUAACUGUACUCUUCAAUGCGCAUGUGAUCUGUGAUGUUCCAACAUUGAAAAAGCGUUGGGGGGGCGAUGAGAAUACUUGAACAAAUAACAACCUUUCCGUCCACUUUUGUAAAGAUUGUACUCUUUUGAAUUUUUUUCCACUUUGUUUUUUAUUCUAGCUACGUUCGAAAGAGCAUUGAACGACAUAAGUUAGGAGAAAAUAAAAAGGUGAGAACAACAAAUAAAAACGCAAUUCAAUUGUAUAUCUCUCUUCGAUAACAAUGGUAGUCGUUGGUCGCAAUGACCUGACCGUUUUUGAACCCACAAAUAUUGGAAGCGUUUUGGUGAAAGAGGGUCGGUCGUCCACAACUUCCCGACUGGCUCGCCUGGCUCUCGGCUGGCUCUCGUGUUCCAGCACUCAUGUGAUGAUAUUAGUACACCACGUUUAUCAAAUAGCGCUUUCUACUUUGAUGAAGGUGUAAAUUUCUGAUGUUAGUUGUUCCCUUUUGUUGUCUUAACAACCCAUUCUUGACUUGAAAACUUGGAAGUGUCUAGUUGUGCAAAAUCUUGUUGUUUCUCUUUCUUUUUCAGAAAUUAUCUCAGGUUCGAGUGGUGGGUGUCACGUGUGCUGCCUGUGUGUUUCCUUGCCUGGAUAAGUUGAAGUUUCAAGUAUGUUGAGUGGCUAACUAUAUUAGAAACCUUUUGAUUCUGAGACGAGAACGACUAAUAGUAAAUAGUACUCACGCGUGAAUCGGCUUCAUUUUGGCGGGAAAACGUGAAAGUCAUCGUCAUUCUACUGCGAGUUUUAGCUAGAAUGCCGUAGUGGGGGAAACAAGAUAUCAAGUCGUGGAAUUUUUAUCAUUUUACGAUUUGGAGAAAGUUUAACCUCCUUCAAUAAAAAUGACUGUGCUAACUUUUCUGGUGAAAAAAGUACAAUGUAGCUUUUCGGGUCGAUAUAUUUUUUGAGAAUACGGGAAAAAUCUUUUAGUCAAAUCUCGUUCUCGCCCUCGAAUCUAAAGGUCUCUGUUAUCUCAGUUAUGACUGAAUACGAAGCCCUUAGGGGAACGUUUGUUCAAAAGCCUCUUUUCAAAGGUAGAACGUUCGUGAGACUUCGUGAUGAAGUGUAAAACCUGGUCAGCCAAACACAUUCUUAUCUCAUCGUUAUAUCAAAGAUUUGUCUAGAAACUGUCUACAGCUGAUGUGAGAUGUCUUGACAUUUUAAGAAGGGUUUAAACUCGAUGGUCUUGUUCUGAAAAGAUAGAAUUUGUUUGAUCCGCUCUCUUAACUUCUUCUAACCCUGCGCUUGCGCAGUUUAUCUGCUUUUUUUUAAUGAUGCGCUUGGAGCACCAUGGGUACGAAAAACUGAUAUGUAUCCCUUCCGCAAAAUUUUGGUUGUCACGUGGCCGUCCCUGCGUGCCUUCGUCCAAACAUUUGUCACACAGGGUAACCAAUCUGCUAUGGCAGGUCCACUUACCCAGACAUGCUAAGUUAUUUAGAGAAUAUUGUUAGGAUUUGACUUGUCAUUAUCUUAUCAUAUUAAUCAUAUUUAUGUAACUGACAGAUUCUACUCCUGGAUGAAUGCAGUCAAAUGACAGAGCCAGCCUCUCUUCUACCCAUGGCCAGGUGAUGAUCUCAAACAAAUCUUUGAUCUUUAUCCAUAUCCUAGAUGGACGACAAAGAAAAUGAAAUUUCCACUUUUAAAGUGGAAACUUACUGAAUGUAUUUCGUCUGCGUGUGGCUCUUGUGGUUAAUCCACGUUUUCAAUGACAGUUUUUCGUUCCAUUUAGAUUUGAAUGUCAGAAACUUGUCCUGGUUGGUGACCCAAAAGUAAGUAGAUUGAAUAACUUGUUCUACGGGAGGGGCACGGGGGACCCGGCCUUCCCCCCCCCCUAUUUUAGCCCAAACUGAGGCCCGAAGGACCGAAAAAAUUUUUGACACCGCCCUCCCCCUUAUCCUAGGGUCUGGAUGACCCCCCCCCCCCCGCCCCUUAUCUGAAGGUCUGGAUCCGUCACUGUUCGGUAACCAUCCGAUAAAGGCUGUCAUCCUUCACUCUAUCCAGCAUUCCCGCUCGAGGUCCUCCCGGGGGCCUCUUCCCUAUUCUAUUCUCCCCUCAAUCACUUACAGGACAAGAUCACCAUGCCGUAGGCUAUGACCAAGCCAGACUCUGUCUUCUUUUGAUAACAGAUGCCCUCUACUCACCGACACGCCUCAAUACUUCUUUGUUACAGACUUUGUCAGACUAAGAAAUGUUUAAGACCUUCCUCCGUAUAUAGCUUUAUUAUAAGCAGGUCAAACUCUCCUGUCCAAAUCUAAGUUGCAUGCAUGUCUCCUAUUGCAGAAGUAUUUCGCAAUGAAGAUUAACCUUGACUUUUCUUAUUUCUCUAUCAAUUCAUUUGUCUUGGCCUCUUUUGAAACCUCAGUUUCCUCAGGCAAUCUCUAGUUUUUCUCUUUCUUUGUUGGUUCAGUCGCGUUCUAAACGGUAAUUCUUCCUGAAAGAGAAGUUGAUAUAGAGAGACGUUUUGAGCACAAAUGUCUGAAUAGUGUAAAUACAAUAAUUAUCCUGACCUUGUUCUUAUCUAGCAAUUGAGUCCUACGAUUCAAGGUUCGGAGCCUGAACACGAAGCUGGCCUUGAACAAACUUUGUUUGAUCGACUUAUGAAGAUGGUAAGUUUACCUGGAUGGCGUAGAAAAUAAUAUACAGGCUUAACACAGCUAUGAAAAUCCAGUGUCGGUAACCUAAUAAUAUCAAUCAAAAAACAGAGCCUGUGCUUAUCAAUAACGCAACAGUCAAACACAAUACAGAUCACGCGCGUAUCACAAACGAAAAAUUGAGCACGCUCUUAUCAAACACCAGUUGAGGAGCUGCAAACAUUUCAACCAUUUUACUAAUAAACAGUUACGACUUAUCGGUAUUUCGAGUAAAAAUACCGCCAGCUCUCCCCUUUAGAACACAAAAUAGACCGCGCGCUUAUUACUAACGUAACAAUUAAAGGAAAGAACAGCAUGUGCUUAACACUAAAUAAACCAUCAAACACAAAAUAGAGCUUGCGCCUAUCACUAACACAACAAUCAAACUCAAACACAGCGUGCUGUAUCACUAACGUAACAUACGAAUACAAAACAGAGCGUGCGCUUAUUACUAACGUAGCAAUAAAGUACAAAUAAAGGGUGCCCUUCUCACUAACCUAACAAUCAAACACAAACACAGCGUACCUCAUCACUAACGUAGCAACAAAGUACAAAUAUAGUUUGGACUUCUCACUAACGUAACAGUCAAACACAAACACAGCUUGCUUCAUUGCUAACGUAGCAAUGAAGUAAAAAUACAAUGUACGCUUAUCACUAACAUAGGAAUCAAAUGCAAAACAGAGGGUGCCUUUAUCACUAACGUCACAAUAAAGUACGAAUAUAAUGCGCGCUUCUCAGUAGCGUAACGAUAAAACACAAAACAGAGCGUGUGCUUAUCACUAACGUAGCAAUAAAGUACAAAACUAGCGUGCGCUUAUUACAAACGUUACAAUAAAGCACAAAACAUACCGUGCCCUUAUCACUAACGUGACAAAUAUAGAGGUACAAAUAUAGUUUGCCCUUUUUACUCAGGUAACUAUAAAGUACAAAUAUAGUGUGCGCUUCUCAAUUACGUUACAAUCAAACACAAAACAGAGCGUGCAUUAAUCACUAACGUAACAGUGUAGCUUAUAUAGUGUGUGGUUAUCACCAACGUAAACAUGAAAUACAAAACAGAGCGUGCGCUUAUCACCAACGUCAUAGUGUAGAACAAAUAUACUGUGCGCUUCUCACUCAUGUAACAAUAAAACAAAAAAUAGAGCGCACGGUUAUCACUGUUGUACCACUGAAAUAAAGUACAAAUAAAGUGUGCGCUUCUUACUAACGUAAAAAUAAUAAAGCACAAAACAAAGCCUUCGCUUAUCACUAACGUACCAAUAAACUACAACUAUAUUGUGCGCUUAUUAGUAACCUAACAAUCAAAUACAAAACAGAGCGUGCGCGUAUCACUAAGGUAGCAUUAAAGUACAAAUAUAGUGCGCGCGUAUCAAUAACGCAGCAAUCAAAUAAAAACACAGCGUGCUUUAUCACUAAUGUAACAAUGAAGUACAGAUAUAGUGUACAGUUUUCACUAAGGUUACAAUCAAACAGCAACACAGCUUGCUUUAUUGCUAACGUAGUAAUAAAUUACAAAUAAUAUGUUACCUUAUCAUAACAAUCAAAUACGAAACAGAGCGUGUGCUUAUCACUUACGUAGAAAUGAAGUACCAAUUUAGUUUGCGCUUAUCACUAAAGUAACAAUAAAAUAGAAAACAGAGCGUGCGCUUAUCACUAUUGUAACAAUGUAGUACAAAUAUAGUGUGCGCUUAUCAAUAAUGCAAAAAAACAAGUACAAAACAGAGCGUGCGCUUAUCACUAUUGUAACAAUGUAGUACAAAUAAUUAUAGUGUGCGCUUAUCAAUAAUGCAAAAAACAAAUACAAAACAGAGCGUGCGCUUAUCACUAUUGUAACAAUGUAGUACAAAUAAUUAUAGUGUGCGCUUAUCAAUAGUGCAAAAAACAAAUACAAAACAGAGCGUGCGCUUAUCACUAAUGUAACAAUGUAGUACAAAUAUAGUGUGCGCUUAUCAAUAAUGCAAAAAACAAGUACAAAACAGAGCAUGCGCUUAUCACUAUUGUAACAAUGUAGUACAAAUAUAGUGUGCGCUUAUCAAUAAUGCAAAAAACAAGUACAAGACAGAACGUGCCCUUAUCACUAUUGUAACAAUGUGGUACAAAUAUAGUGUGCGCUUAUCAAUAAUGUAAAAAACAAAUACAAAACAGAGCGUGCGCUUAUCACUGAGGUAGCAAUGAAGUACAAAUAUAGUGUGCACUUCUCAAACACAAAACAAAGUAUGCGCUUAUCACUAACGUUGCAAUAAGUACAAACAUAGUGAGCGCUUAUCACUAACGUAACAAUCAAGUACAAAACACAGAUACAGUACAAAUAUAGUGCGCGCUUCUCACUAACGUAACUAUAGAACACAAAACAGAGCGUGCGCUUAUCACUAACGAAGCAAUAAAGUACAAAUAUAGUGCCCGUUUAUCACUAACGCAACAAUAAAAUUGAAAACAGAGCAAGCGCUUAUCACUAACUUGUCAACGUACUACAAAUAUAGUGUGAGCUUAUCACUAACGCUAAAAUCAAUUACAAAACAGAACGUGCGCUUAUCACUGACGUAAUGGUAAAGUACACAUAUAGUGUUCGCCUCCUACUAACCUAACAAUAAAGCACAAAAACAGACCGUGGGCAUAUCACUAACCGUAACAAUGUUCAUCACUAACGUAACAAUCAAAUACAAAACACAGCGUGCGCUGAUCACUGACGUAACAAUGAAGGACAAACAUAGUGUUCAAUUACCAUUAACGUUACACUCAAACACAAAACAGAGCGUGCGCUUAUCACUGACGUAACAAUCAAAUAAAAGACAGAGCGUGCGCUUAUCUCGAACUUAGCAAUGUAGUACAAAUAUAGUGUGCUCUUCUUACUAACGCAACCAUAAAACACAAAACAGAUUGUCCACCUAUCACUAGCGUAGCAAUAAAGUACAAAUAUGGUGUGCGCUUAUUACUAACCGUAACAAUCACCUGACCAAAACAUAGCGUGCGCUUAUCACUAACGUGCAAAUAAAGUACAAACAUAGCGUGCGCUUAUCAGUAACGUUACAAUCAUAUACAAAACAGAGCGUGAGCUUAUUACUAACGUAGUAAUGAAGUGCAAAUAAAGUGUGCGCUUAUCACUAACGUAACUUAAGCAAUAGAAAACGUUUGCCGUGUUUGCAUAGCCUGAUAUAAACACGAGAGGGGUUGGGAGAAUUCGAUACAGUUAUGCAAACCCGAGACGAAGUCGCGGGUUUGCAUAACUGUCGAGAAUUCUCCCAACCCCUCGAGUGUUUAUAUCAGGCUAUGCAAACACAGGGAAAACAGUUUUCUAUUGCUCUUAUAAAAUAACUUUCCCAAGAAAAAAGCAAAACGCUCUUGUUUAGAGCAAUUUUUAAAAGAGAAAUUCUUACCAGUCGCGAAGUCUUCCACACGAAGCUUGUACGAGUAAUCAGUCUUUGUUUUGCAAAAAAGAUGCUUUCCAAAAUACGGGUUUUUCUCGCUUGAAAUGUCAGCUCAAGCUAAAGAAAAUUGACACAGCAUGUUUCUAAAGAUUUUCCAAGUUUCAACCGAUGAGGAAAUGGGUAAAUAAAGUAAACUUGUCAACUUUUUCAACUAAAAACCUUUUUCAAAUUCGUGCUUGCGUGAUUACCGCGCGGAAAGCAAAACAAGUUGACGUCAUAACCAUGUUUACAUACUCUCAUGCAAACACGCCUCUCGGCCAAUCAGAGCGCGCGUAUUAUCUUAGUUAUUUUAUAAAAUCAAAUACAAAACAGAGCGUUCGCUCAUCACUAACGUAUGCAAUUAGGUACAAAUAUAGUGUGCGCCUAUCACUAACGUAGUAAUGAAGUAAAAAUAUAGUGUGCGCUUAUCUCUAACAUAAAAAUCAAAACCAAAACAAAGCGUGCGCUUAUCCCUGACGCAGCAAUAAUGUAAAAAAAUAGUCUGUCCUUAUCAUUAACGUAACAUUCAAAUAGAAAACAGAGCGUCCACUUCUCACUAACAUAACAAUCAAUUACAGGCCAGAGCGUGCACUUAUCUCUAACGUAGUAACGAUGCACAAAUAUAGUGUGCGCUUAUCAGUAACUUAACAAUCAAAUACAAAACAGAGCUUGCGCUUAUCACUAAUGUAACAAUAAAAUACAAAACAGAGCUUGCGCUUAUCACUAACGUAACAAUCGAAUACAAAACAGAGCUUGCGCUUAUCACUAAGGUAACAAUCAAAUACAAAACAGAGCUUGCGCUUAUCACUAACGUAACAAUCAAAUACAAAACAGAGCUUGCGCUUAUCACUAACGUAACAAUCGAAUACAAAACAGAGCUUGCGCUUAUCACUAAUGUAACAAUCAAAUACAAAACAGAGCGUGCGCUUAUCACUAACGUAACAAUCAAAUACAAAACAGAGCUUGCGCUUAUCACUAACGUAACAAUCGAAUACAAAACAGAGCUUGCGCUUAUCACUAACGUAACAAUCAAAUACAAAACAGAGCGUGCGCUUAUCACUAACUUAACAAUCAAAUACAAAACAGACCGUGCGCUUACCACUAACGUAACAAUCAAAUACAAAACAGAGCCUUCGUUUAUGACUUACGUAACUAUCGAAUACAAAACUGUGCUUGCGCUUAUUACUAACGUAACAAUCGAAUACAAAACAGAGCUUGCGCUUAUCACUAACGUAACAAUCAAAUACAAAACAUAAUACAAAACAGAGGUUGCGCUUAUCACUAAUGUAACAAUCGAACACAAAACAGUGCUUGCGGUUAUCACUAACGUAACAAUCGAAUACAAAACAGAGCUUGAGCUUAUCACCAACGUAACAAUCAAAUACAAAACAGAACUUGCGCUUAUAACUAACGUAAUAAUCGAAUACAAAACAGAGCUUGCGCUUAUCACUAACGUAACAAUCAAAUACAAAACACAAUACAAAACAGAGGUUGCGCUUAUCACUAACGUAACAAUCGAAUACAAAACAGAGCUUGCUCUUAUCACUAUUGUAACAAUCGAAGACAAAACAGUGCUUGGGCUUAUCACUAACGUAACAAUCGAAUACAAAGCAGUUUGAGCUUAUCACUAACGUAACAAUCGAAUACAAAACAGAGCUUGCGCUUAUCACUAACGUAACAAUCGAAUACAAAACAGAGCGUGCGCUUAUCACUAACGUAACAAUCAAAUACAAAACAGAGCGUGCGCUUAUUACUAACGUAACAAUCAAAUAAAAAACAGAGUUUGCGCUCAUCACUAACGUAACAAUCGAAUACAAAACAGAGCUUCCGCUUAUCACUAAUUUAACAAUCAAAUACAAAACAGAGCUUGCGCUUUUCACUAACGUAACAAUCAAAUACAAAACAGAGCUUGCGCUUAUCACUAACGUAACAAUCAAAUACGAAACAGAACUUGCGCUUAUGACUAACGUAAUAAUCGAAUACAAAACAGAGCUUGCGCUUAUCACUAACGUAACAAUCGAAUACCAAGCAGAGCUUGCGCUUAUCACUAACGUAACAAUCAAAUACAUAACAGAGCGUGCGCUUAUCAGUAAGGUAAGAAUCAAAUAUAAAACAGAGCUUGCGCUUAUCACUAACGUAACAAUCGAAUACAAAACAGAGCGUGCGCUUACCACUAACGUAACAAUCAAAUACAAAACAGAGCGUGCGCUUAUCACUAACGUAACAAUCGAAUACAAAACAAGCUUGGGCUUAUCAAUAACGUAACAAUCGGAUACAAAGCAGGUUGCGCUUAUCACUAACGCAACAAUCGAAUACAAAACAGAGCUUGCGCUUAUCACUAACGUAACAAUCAAAUACAAAACAGAGCGUGCGCUUAUUACUAACGUAACAAUCAAAUACAAAACAGAGUUUGCGCUUAUCACUAACGUAACAAUCGAAUACAAAACAGACCUUGUGCUUAUCACUAACGUAACAAUCAAAUACAAAACAGAACUUGCGCUUAUGACUAACGUAACAAUCAAAUACAAAACAGAGCGAGCGGUUAUCAGUAAGGUAAGAAUCAAAUAUAAAACAGAGCUUCCGCUUAUCACUAACGUAACAAUCGAAUACAAAACAGAGCGUGCGCUUACCACUAACGUAACAAUCAAAUACAAAACAGAGCGUGCGCUUAUCACUAACGUAACAAUCGAAUACAAAACAAGCUUGGGCUUAUCACUAACGUAACAAUCGAAUACAAAACAGAGCUUGCGCUUAUCACUAACGCAACAAUCAAAUACAAAACAGAGCGUGCGCUUAUCACUAACAUAACAAUCAAAUACAAAACAGAGCGUGCGCUUAUUACUAACGUAACAAUCAAAUACAAAACAGAGUUUGCGCUCAUCACUAACGUAACAAUCGAAUACAAAACAGAGCUUCCGCUUAUCACUAAUUUAACAAUCAAAUACAAAACAGAGCUUGUGCUUUUCACUAACGUAGGAAUCAAAUACACAACAGAGCUUGCGCUUAUCACUAACGUAACAAUCGAAUACAAAACCGAGCGUGCGGUUAUCACUAACGUAACAAUCAAAUACAAAACAGAGCUUGCGCUUAUCAGUAACGUAACAAUCGAAUACAAAACAAGCUUGCGCUUAUCACUAGCGUAACAAUCAAAUAUUAAACAGAGCGUGCGCUUAUCACUAACGUAACAAUCGAAUACAAAACAGAGCUUGCGCUUAUCAGUAACGUAACAAUCGAAUACAAAACAGAGCUUGGGCUUGUCACUUACGUAACAAUCAAAUACAAAACAGAGCUUGCGCUUAUCACUAACGUAACAAUCAAAGACAAAACAGAGCGUGCGCUUAUCACUAACUUAACAAUCGAAUACAAAAAAGAGCGUGCGCUUACCACUAACGUAACAAUCAAAUACAAAACACAGCGUGCGUUUAUGACUUACGUAACUAUCGAAUACAAAACUUUGCUUGCGCUUAUUACUAACGUAACAAUCGAAUACAAAACAGAGCUUGCGCUUAUCACUAACGUCACAAUCAAAUACAAAACACAAUACAAAAAAGAGGUUGCGAUUAUCACUAACGUAACAAUCGAAUACAAAACAGAGCUUGCGCUUAUCACUAAUGUAACAAUCGAACACAAAACAGUCCUUGCGGUUAUCACUAACUUAACGAUCGAAUACAAAACAGAGCUUGCGCUUAUCACUAACGUCACAAUCAAAUACAAAACACAAUACAAAACAGAGGUUGCGGUUAUCACUAACGUAACAAUCGAAUACAAAACAGAGCUUGCGCUUAUCACUAAUGUAACAAUCGAACACAAAACAGUCCUUGCGGUUAUCACUAACUUAACGAUCGAAUACAAAACAGAGCUUGCGCUUAUCACUAACGUAACAAUCAAAUACAAAACAGAACUUGCGGUUAUGACUAACGUAAUAAUCGAAUACAAAACAGAGCGUGCGCUUAUCACUAACGUAACAAUCAAAUACAAAACAGAACUUGCGCUUAUGACUAACGUAAUAAUCGAAUACAAAACAGAGCUUGCGCUCUUCACUAACGUAACAAUCAAAUACAAAACAAAGCUUCCGCUUAUCACUAACCUAACAAUUAAAUACAAAACAGAGCGUGCGCUUAUCACUAACUUAACAAUCAAAUACAAAACAGAGUGUGUGCUUAUCACUAACGUAACAAUCGAAUACAAAACAGAACUUGCGCUUACCACUAACUUAAUAAUCAAAUACAGAACAGGGCGUGGGCUUAUCACUAACGUAACAAUCGAAUACAAAACAAAGCUUUCUCUUAUCACCAAUGUAACAGUCGACCACAAAACAGUGCUUCCCCUUAUCACUAACGUAACAGUCGAAUACAAAACAGAGCUUCCGCUUAUCACUAACGUAACAAUCAAAUACAAAACAGAGCUUGCGCUUAUCACUAACGUAAGAAUCGAAUAUAAAACAAAGCUUGCGCUUAUCACUAACGUAACAAUCGAAUACAAAACAGAGCUUGCGCUUAUCACUAACGUAACAAUCGAAUACAAAACAGAGCGUGCGCUUAUCACUAACGUAACAAUCAAAUACAAAACAGAGCGUGCGCUUAUUGCUAGCGUAACAAUCAAAUACAAAACAGAGUUUGCGCUCAUCACUAACGUAACAAUCGAAUACAAAACAGAGCUUCCGCUUAUCACUAAUUUAACAAUCAAAUACAAAACAGAGCUUGCGCUUUUCACUAACGUAACAAUCAAAUACAAAACAGAGCUUGCGCUUAUCACUAACGUAACAAUCGAAUACAAAACAGAGCUUGUGCUUAUCACUAACGUAACAAUCAAAUACAAAACAGAACUUGCGCUUAUGACUAACGUAACAAUCAAAUACAAAACAGAGCGUGCGGUUAUCAGUAAGGUAAGAAUCAAAUAUUAAACAGAGCUUCCGCUUAUCACUAACGUAACAAUCGAAUACAAAACAGAGCGUGCGCUUACCACUAACGUAACAAUCAAAUACAAAACAGAGCGUGCGCUUAUCACUAACGUAACAAUCGAAUACAAAACAAGCUUGGGCUUAUCACUAACGUAACAAUCGAAUACAAAGCAGUUUGAGCUUAUCACUAACGUAACAAUCGAAUACAAAACAGAGGUUGCGCUUAUCACUAACGCAACAAUCGAAUGCAAAACAGAGCGUGCGCUUAUCACUAACGUAACAAUCAAAUACAAAACAGAGCGUGCGCUUAUUACUAACGUAACAAUCAAAUACAAAACAGAGUUUGCGCUCAUCACUAACGUAACAAUCGAAUACAAAACAGAGCUUCCGCUUAUCACUAAUUUAACAAUCAAAUACAAAACAGAGCUUGCGCUUUUCACUAACGUAGGAAUCAAAUACAAAACAGAGCUUGCGCUUAUCACUAACGUAACAAUCGAAUACAAAACAGAGCGUGCGGUUAUCACUAACGUAACAAUCAAAUACAAAACAGAGCUUGCGCUUAUCAGUAACGUAACAAUCGAAUACAAAACAAGCUUACGCUUAUCACUAGCGUAACAAUCAAAUAUUAAAAAGAGCGUGCGCUUAUCACUAACCUAACAAUCGAAUGCUAAACUGAGGUUGCGCUUAUCAGUAACGUAACAAUCAAAUAUAAAACACAAUACAAAACAGAGGUUGCGGUUAUCACUAACGUAACAAUCGAAUACAAAACAAGCUUACGCUUAUCACUAGCGUAACAAUCAAAUAUUAAAAAGAGCGUGCGCUUAUCACUAACCUAACAAUCGAAUUCUAAACAGAGCUUGCGCUUAUCACUAACGUCACAAUCAAAUACAAAACACAAUACAAAACAGAGGUUGCGGUUAUCACUAACGUAACAAUCGAAUACAAAACAGAGCUUGCGCUUAUCACUAAUGUAACAAUCGAACACUAAACAGUCCUUGCGGUUAUCACUAACUUAACGAUCGAAUACAAAACAGAGCUUGCGCUUAUCACUAACGUAACAAUCAAAUACAAAACAGAACUUGCGAUUAUGACUAACGUAAUAAUCGAAUACAAAACAGAGCUUGCGCUUAUCACUAACGUAAGAAUCGAAUACCAAGCAUAGGUUGCGCUUAUCACUAACGUAACAAUCAAAUACAAAAGAGAACUUGCGCUUAUGACUAACGUAAUAAUCGAAUACAAAACAGAGCUUGCACUCAUCACUAACGUGACAAUCAAAUACAAAACAGAGCUUGCACUUAUCACUAACGUAACAAUCGAAUACAAAACAGAGCUUGCGCUUAUCACUAACGUCACAAUCAAAUACAAAACAGAGCGUGCGCUUAUCACUAACGUAAGAAUCGAAUACAAAACAGAGCUUGCGCUUAUCACUAACGUAACAAUCAAAUACAAAACAGAGCCUGCGCUUAUCACUAACGUAAUAAUCAAAUACGAAACAGGGCGUCCGCUUAUCACUAACGUAACGAUCAAAUACAAAGCAGAGCGUGCGCUUAUCACUUACGUAACAAUGAAAUACAAAACAGAGGUUGCGCUUAUCACUAACGUAACAAUCAAAUACAAAACAGAGUGUUUCCUUAUCACUAACGUAACAAUCGAAUACAAAACAGAACUUGCGCUUACCGCUAACGUAACAAUCAAACACAAAAAAGAGCGUGCGCUUAUCACUAACGUAACAAUCGAAUACAAAACAAGCUUGCGCUUAUCACUAACGUAACAAUCGAAUACAAAGCAUCUUGCGCUUAUCACAAACCUAAGAAUCAAAUUCAAAACAGAGGCUGCGCUUAUCACUAACGUAACAAUCAAAUACAAAACAGAGCUUGCGCUUAUCACUAACGUAACAAUCGAAUAAGAAACAGAGCUUGCUCUUAUCACUAACGUAAUAAUCAAAUACAAAACAGAGCGUGUGUUUAUCACUUACGUAACUACCGAAUACAAAACUCUGCUUGCGCUUAUUACUAACCUAACAAUCGAAUACAAAAGAGAGGCUGCGCUUAUGACUAACGUAACAAUCAAAUACAGAACACAAGUUCCGCUUAUCACUAAUGUAGCAAUCGAAUACAAAACAGAGCUUGCGCUUAUCACUAACGUAGCAAUCGAAUACAACACAGAGCUUGCGUUUAUCACUAACGUAUCAAUCAAAUACAAAACAGAACUUGCGCUUAUGACUAACGUAACAAUCGAAUACAAAAUAGAGCUUGCGCUUAUCACAAACGUAAUAAUCGAAUACCAAACAUACCUUGCACUUAUCACUAACGUAACAAUCAAAUACAAAACAGAGCGUGCGCUUAUCAGUAACGUAACAAUCAAAUACAAAACAGAGCUUGCGCUUAUCACUAACGUAACAAUCGAAUACAAAACAGAGCGUGCGCUUAUCAGUAACGUAACAAUCAAAUACAAAACAGAGCGUGCGCUAAUCACUAACGUAACAAUCAAAUACAAAACAGAGCUUCCUCUUAUUACUAACGUAACAAUCAAAUACAAAACAGAGCUUCGCGCUUAUCACUAACGUAACAAUCAAAUACAAAACAGAGCUUGCGCUUGUUACUAACGUAACAAUCAAAUACACAACAAUGCGUGCGCUUAUCACUAACGUAACAAUCGAAUACAAAACAGAGCUUGCCCAUAUCACUAAUGUAACAAUCGAACACAAAACAGUGCUUGCCCUUAUCACUAAGGUAACAAUCGAAUACAAAACAGAGGUUGUGCUUAUUACUAACGUAACAAUCAAAUACAAAACAGAGGGUGCGCUUAUCACUAACGUAACAGUCAAAUACAAAUCAGAGCUUGCGGUCAUCACUAACGUAACAAUCGAAUACCAAACAAAGGUUGCGCUGAUCACUAACGUGACAAUCAAAUAUAAAACAGAGCUUGCACUCAUCACUAACGUAACAAUCGAAUACAAAACAGAGCUUGCGCUUAUCACUAACGUAAAAAUCAAAUACAAAACAGAGCGUGCGCUUAUUACUAACAUAACAAUCAAAUACAAAACAGAGUUUCCGCUUAUCACUAACGUAACAAUCGAAUACAAAACAGAGCUUCCGCUUAUCACUAAUUUAACAAUCAAAUACAAACAGAGCUUGCGCUUUUCACUAACGUAACAAUCAAAUACAAAACAGAGGUUCUGCUUAUCACUAACGUAACAAUCGAAUACAAAACAGAGCUUGCGCUUAUCACUAACGUAACAAUCGAAUACAAAACAGAGCUUGCGCUUAUCAGUAACGUAACAAUCGAAUACAAAACAAGCUUGCGCUUAUCACUAGCGUAACAAUCAAAUAUUAAACAGAGCGUGCGCUUAUCACUAACGUAACAAUCGAAUACAAAACAGAGCUUGCGCUUAUCAGUAACGUAACAAUCGAAUACAAAACAGAGCUUGCGCUUAUCACUAACGUAACAAUCAAAUACAAAACAGAGCGUGCGCUUAUCACUAACGUAACAAUCAAAUACAAAACAGAGCUUGCGCUUGUCACUAACGUAACAAUCAAAUACAAAACAGACCUUGCGCUUAUCACUAACGUAACAAUCAAAGACAAAACAGAGUGUGCGCUUAUCACUAACUUAACAAUCAAAUACAAAACAGACCGAGCGGUUACCACUAACGUAACAAUCAAAUACAAAACAGAGCGUGCGUUUAUGACUUACGUAACUAUCGAAUACAAAACUGUGCUUGCGCUUAUCACUAACGUAACAAUCAAAUACAAAACACAAUACAAAACAGAGGUUGCAAUAAUCACUAAUGUAACAAUCAAAUACAAAACAGUGCUUGCGGUUAUCACUAACGUAACAAUCGAAUACAAAACAGAGCUUGCGCUUAUCACUAACGUAACAAUCAAAUACAAAACAGAACUUGCGCUUAUGACUAACGUAAUAAUCGAAUACAAAACAGAGCUUGCGCUUAUCACUAACGUAACAAUCAAAUACAAAACACAAUACAAAACAGAGGUUGCGCUUAUCACUAACGUAACAAUCGAAUACAAAACAGAGCUUGCUCUUAUCACUAAUGUAACAAUCGAACACAAAACAGUGCUUGGGCUUAUCACUAACGUAACAAUCGAAUACAAAGCAGUUUGAGCUUAUCACUAACGUAACAAUCGAAUACAAAACAGAGCUUGCGCUUAUCACUAACGUAACAAUCGAAUACAAAACAGAGCGUGCGCUUAUCACUAACGUAACAAUCAAAUACAAAACAGAGCGUGCGCUUAUUACUAGCGUAACAAUCAAAUACAAAACAGAGUUUGCGCUCAUCACUAACGUAACAAUCGAAUACAAAACAGAGCUUCCGCUUAUCACUAAUUUAACAAUCAAAUACAAAACAGAGCUUGCGCUUUUCACUAACGUAACAAUCAAAUACAAAACAGAGCUUGCGCUUAUCACUAACGUAACAAUCGAAUACAAAAGAGAGCUCUCGCUUAUCACUAACGUAACAAUCAAAUACAAAACAGAACUUGCGCUUAUGACUAACGUAACAAUCAAAUACAAAAUAGAGCGUGCGCUUAUCAGUAAGGUAAGAAUCAAAUAUAAAACAGAGCUUGCGCUUAUCACUAACGUAAAAAUCGAAUACAAAACAGAGCGUGCGCUUACCACUAACGUAAGAAUCAAAUACAAAACAGAGCGUGCGCUUAUCACUAACGUAACAAUCAAAUACAAAACAGAGCUUCCGCUUAUCACUAACCUAACAAUCAAAUACAAAUCAGCCUGCGCUUAUCACUAACGUAACAAUCGAAUACAAAACAGAACUUGUGCUUACCACUAACGUAAUAAUCAAAUACAAAACAGAGCGUGCGUUUAUCACUAACGUAACAAUCAAAUACAAAACAGAGCUUCCCCUUAUCACUAACCUAACAAUCAAAUCCAAAACAGAGCGUGCGCUUAUCACUAACGUAACAAUCAAAUACAAAACAGAGUGUGUGCUUAUCACUAACGUAACAAUCGAAUACAAAACAGAUCUUGCGCUUACCACUAACGUAAUAAUCAAAUACAGAACAGAGCGUGCGCUUAUCACUAACGUAACAAUCGAAUACAAAACAAAGCUUUCUCUUAUCACCAAUGUAACAGUCGACCACAAUGCACUGCUUCCCCUUAUCACUAACGUAACAGUCGAAUACAAAACAGAGCUUCCGCUUAUCACUAACGUAACAAUCAAAUAGAAAACAGAGCUUGCGCUUAUCACUAACGUAAGAAUCGAAUACAAAACAAAGCUUGCGCUUAUCACUAACGUAACAAUCGAUACAAAACAGAGCUUCCGCUUAUCACUAACGAAACAAUCAAAUACAAAACAGAGCGUGCGCUUAUCACUAACGUAACAAUCAAAUACAAAACAGAGCUUGCGCUUAUCACUAACGUAACAAUCAAAUACAAAACACAGCUUGCGCUUAUCACUAACGUAACAAUCAAAUAGAAAACAGAGCUUGCGCUUAUCACUAACCUAAGAAUCAAUUACAAAACAGAGCGUGCGCUUAUCCCUAACGUAACAAUCGAAUACAAAACAGAGCGUGCGCUUACCACUAACGUAACAAUCAAAUACAACACAAAGCGUGCGCUUAUCACUUACGUAACAAUCGAAUGCAAAACAGUGCUUGCGCUUAUUACUAACGUAAAAAUCAAAUACAAAACAGAGCUUGCGCUUAUCACUAACGUAACAAUCGAAUAAGAAACAGAGCUUGCUCUUAUCACUAACGUAACAAUCAAAUACAAAACAGAGCGUGCGCUUUUCAGUAACGUAACAAUCAAAUAUAAAACAGAGCUUCCGCUUAUCACUAACGUAACAAUCGAAUACAAAACAGAGCGUGCGCUUACCACUAACGUAAUAAUCAAAUACAAAACAGAGCGUGCGUUUAUCACUUACGUAACUAGCGAAUAGAAAACUCUGCUUGCGCUUAUUACUAACCUAACAAUCGAAUACAAAAGAGAGCCUGCGCUUAUGACUAACGUAACAAUCAAAUACAGAACACAAGUUCCGCUUAUCACUAGUGUAGCAAUCGAAUACAAAACAGAGCUUGCGCUUAUCACUAACAUAGCAAUCGAAUACAAAACAGAUCUUCCGCUUAUCACUAAUGUAACAAAGGAUCACUAAAAAGUGCUGGCGCUUAUCACUAACGUAACAAUCAAAUACAACACAGAGCUUGCGUUUAUCACUAACGUAUCAAUCAAAUACAAAACAGAACUUGCGCUUAUGACUAACGUAACAAUCGAAUACAAAACAGAGCUUGCGCUUAUCACUAACGUAACAAUCAAAUAUUAAACAGAGCGUGCGCUUAUCACUAACGUAACAAUCGAAUAGAAAACAGAGCUUGCGCUUAUUUGUAAGGUAACAAUCGAAUACAAAACAGAGCUUGCGCUUAUCACUAACGUAACAAUCAAAUACAAAACAGAGCGUGCGCUUAUCACUAACGUAACAAUCAAAUACAAAACAGAGCUUGCGCUUGUCACUAACGUAACAAUCAAAUACAAAACAGACCUUGCGCUUAUCACUAACGUAACAAUCAAAGACAAAACAGAGUGUGCGCUUAUCACUAACUUAACAAUCAAAUACAAAACAGACCGUGCGCUUACCACUAACGUAACAAUCAAAUACAAAACAGAGCGUACGUUUAUGACUUACGUAACUAUCGAAUACAAAACUGUGCUUGCGCUUAUUACUAACGUAACAAUCGAAUACAAAAUAGAGCUUGCGCUUAUCACUAACGUAACAAUCAAAUACAAAACACAAUACAAAACAGAGGUUGCAAUAAUCACUAAUGUAACAAUCAAAUACAAAACAGUGCUUGCGGUUAUCACUAACGUAACAAUCGAAUACAAAACAGAGCUUGCGCUUAUCACUAACGUAACAAUCAAAUACAAAACAGAACUUGCGCUUAUGCUUAACGUAAUAAUCGAAUACAAAACAGAGCUUGCGCUUAUCACUAACGUAACAAUCGAAUACAAAACAGAGCUUGCUCUUAUCACUAAUGUAACAAUCGAACACAAAACAGUGCUUGGGCUUAUCACUAACGUAACAAUCGAAUACAAAGCAGUUUGAGCUUAUCACUAACGUGACAAUCGAAUACAAAACAGAGCUUGCGCUUAUCACUAACGUAACAAUCGAAUACAAAACAGAGCGUGCGCUUAUCACUAACGUAACAAUCAAAUAGAAAACAGAGCGUGCGCUUAUUACUAGCGUAACAAUCAAAUACAAAACAGAGUUUGCGCUCAUCACUAACGUAAGAAUCGAAUACAAAACAGAGCUUCCGCUUAUCACUAAUUUAACAAUCAAAUACAAAACAGAGCGUGCGCUUAUUACUAGCGUAACCAUCAAAUACAGAACAGAGUUUGCGCUCAUCACUAACGUAACAAUCGAAUACAAAACAUAGCUUCCGCUUAUCACUAAUUUAACAAUCAAAUAGAAAACAGAGCUUGCGCUUUUCACUAACGUAACAAUCAAAUACAAAACAGAGCCUUCGCUUAUCACUAACGUAACAAUCGAAUACAAAAGAGAGCUCUCGCUUAUCACUAACGUAACAAUCAAAUACAAAACAGAACUUGCGCUUAUGACUAACGUAAGAAUCAAAUACAAAAUAGAGCGUGCGCUUAUCAGUAAGGUAAGAAUCAAAUAUAAAACAGAGCUUGCGCUUAUCACUAACGUAACAAUCGAAUACAAAACAGAGCGUGCGGUUACCACUAACGUAACAAUCAAAUACAAAACAGAGCGUGCGCUUAUCACUAACGUAACAAUCGAAUACAAAACAGGCUUGGGCUUAUCACUAACGUAACAAUCGAAUACAAAGCAGUUUGAGCUUAUCACUAACGUAACAUUCGAAUACAAAACAGAGCUUGCGCUUAUCACUAACGCAACAAUCGAAUACAAAACAGAGCGUGCGGUUAUCACUAACGUAACAAUCAAAUACAAAACAGAGCGUGCGCUUAUUACUAACGUAACAAUCAAAUACAAAACAGAGUUUGCGCUCAUCACUAACGUAACAAUCGAAUACAAAACAGUGCUUCCGCUUAUCACUAAUUUAACAAUCAAAUACAAAACAGAGCUUGCGCUUUUCACUAACGUAGCAAUCAAAUACAAAACAGAGCUUGCGCUUAUCACUAACGUAACAAUCGAAUACAAAAAAGAGCGUGCGGUUAUCACUAACGUAACAAUCAAAUACAAAAAAGACGUUGCGCUUAUCAGUAACGUAACAAUCCAAUACAAAAGAAGCUUGCGCUUAUCACUAGCGUAACAAUCAAAUAUUAAACAGAGCGUGCGCUUAUCACUAACCUAACAAUCGAAUGCUCAACAGAGCGUGCGCUAAUCAGUAACUUAACAAUCAAAUAUUAAACAGAGCGUGCGCUUAUCAGUAACGUAACAAUCGAAUAGAAAACAGAGCUUCCGCUUGUCACUAACGUAACAAUCAAAUACAAAACAGAGCUUGCGCUUAUCACGAACGUAACAAUCAAAGACAAAACAGAGCGUGCGCUUAUCACUAACUAAACAAUCGAAUACAAAAAAGAGCGUGCGCUUACCACUAACGUAACAAUCAAAUACAAAACACAGCGUGCGUUUAUGACUUACGUAACUAUCGAAUACAAAACUGUGCUUGCGCUGAUUACUAACGUAACAAUCGAAUACAAAACGGAGCUUCCGCUUAUCACUAACGUCACAAUCAAAUACAAAACACAAUACAAAACAGAGGUUGCGGUUAUCACUAACGUAACAAUCAAAUACAAAACAGAACUUGCGGUUAUGACUAACGUAAUAAUCGAAUACAAAACAGAGCUUCCGCUUAUCACUAACGUAAGAAUCGAAUACCAAGCAUAGCUUGCGCUUAUCACUAACGUAACAAUCAAAUACAAAACAGAACUUGCGCUUAUGACUAACGUAAUAAUCGAAUACAAAACAGAGCUUGCGCUCAUCACUAACGUGACAAUCAAAUACAAAACAGAGCUUGCACUUAUCACUAACGUAACAAUCGAAUACAAAACAGAGCUUGCGCUUAUCACUAACGUCACAAUCGAAUACAAAACAGAGCUUGCGCUUAUCACUAACGUAACAAUCAAAUACAAAACAGAGCCUGCGCUUAUCACUAACGUAAUAAUCAAAUACGAAACAGGGCGUCCGCUUAUCACUAACGUAACGAUCAAAUACAAAGCAGAGCGUGCGCUUAUCACUUACGUAACAAUGAAAUACAAAACAGAGGUUGCGCUUAUCACUAACGUAACAAUCAAAUACAAAACAGAGUGUGUGCUUAUCACUAACGUAACAAUCGAAUACAAAACAGAACUUGCGCUUACCGCUAACGUAACAAUGAAACAGAAAAAAGAGCUUGCGCUUAUUACUAACGUAACAAUCGAAUACAAAACAAGCUUGCGCUUAUCACUAACGUAACAAUCGAAUACAAACCAUCUUGCGCUUAUCACAAACCUAAGAAUCAAAUUCAAAACAGAGCUUGCGCUUAUCACUAACGUAACAAUCAAAUACAAAACAGAGCUUGCGCUCAUUACUAACGUAACAAUCGUAUACAAAACAGAGCGUGCGCUUAUCACUAACGUAACAAUGAAAUACAAAACAGAGCAUGCGCUUAUCACUAACGUAACAAUCAAAUAAAAAACAGCCUGCGCUUAUCACUAACGUAACAAUCGAAUACAAAACAGAACUUGCGCUUACCGCUAACGUAACAAUGAAACAGAAAAAAGAGCUUGCGCUUAUUACUAACGUAACAAUCGAAUACAAAACAAGCUUGCGCUUAUCACUAACGUAACAAUCGAAUACAAACCAUCUUGCGCUUAUCACAAACCUAAGAAUCAAAUUCAAAACAGAGCUUGCGCUUAUCACUAACGUAACAAUCAAAUACAAAACAGAGCUUGCGCUCAUUACUAACGUAACAAUCGUAUACAAAACAGAGCGUGCGCUUAUCACUAACGUAACAAUGAAAUACAAAACAGAGCAUGCGCUUAUCACUAACGUAACAAUCAAAUACAAAACAGAGCUUCCGCUUAUCACUAACCUUACAAUCAAAUACAAAACAGCCUGCGCUUAUCACUAACGUAACAAUCGAAUACAAAACAGAACUUGUGCUUACCACUAACGUAAUAAUUAAAUACAAAACAGAGCGUGCGUUUAUCACUAACGUAACAAUCAAAUACAAAACAGAGCUUCCGCUUAUCACUAACCUAACAAUCAAAUACAAAACAGAGCGUGCGCUUACCACUAACGUAACAAUCAAAUACAACACAAAGCGUGCGCUUAUCACUUACGUAACAAUCGAAUGCAAAACAGUGCUUGCGCUUAUUACUAACGUAACAAUCAAAUACAAAACAGAGCUUGCGCUUAUCACUAACGUAACAAUCGAAUAAGAAACAGAGCUUGCUCUUAUCACUAACCUAACAAUCAAAUACAAAACAGAGCGUGCGCUUAUCAGUAACGUAACAAUCAAAUAUAAAACAGAGCUUCCGCUUAUCACUAACGUAACAAUCGAAUACAAAACAGAGCGUGCGCUUACCACUAACGUAAUAAUCAAAUACAAAACAGAGCGUGCGUUUAUCACUUACGUAACUAGCGAAUAGAAAACUCUGCUAGCGCUUAUUACUAACCUAACAAUCGAAUACAAAAGAGAGCCUGCGCUUAUGACUAACGUAACAAUCAAAUACAGAACACAAGUUCCGCUUAUCACUAGUGUAGCAAUCGAAUACAAAACAGAGCUUGCGCUUAUCACUAACAUAGCAAUCGAAUACAAAACAGAUCUUCCGCUUAUCACUAAUGUAACAAAGGAUCACUAAAAAGUGCUGGCGCUUAUCACUAACGUAACAAUCAAAUACAACACAGAGCUUGCGUUUAUCACUAACGUAUCAAUCAAAUACAAAACAGAACUUGCGCUUAUGACUAACGUAACAAUCGAAUACAAAACAGAGCUUGCGCUUAUCACUAACGUAACAAUCGAAUACCUAACAUACCUUGCGCUUAUCACUAACGUAACAAUCGAAUACAAAACAGAGCGUGCGCUUAUCAGUAACGUAACAAUCAAAUACAAAACAGAGCGUGCGCUAAUCACUAACGUAACAAUCAAAUACAAAACAGAGCUUCCUCUUAUUACUAACGUAACAAUCAAAUACAAAACAGAGCUUCGCGCUUAUCACUAACGUAACAAUCAAAUACAAAACAGAGCUUGCGCUUGUUACUAACGUAACAAUCAAAUACACAACAAUGCGUGCGCUUAUCACUAACGUAACAAUCGAAUACAAAACAGAGCUUGCCCAUAUCACUAAUGUAACAAUCGAACACAAAACAGUGCUUGCCCUUAUCACUAAGGUAACAAUCGAAUACAAAACAGAGGUUGUGCUUAUUACUAACGUAACAAUCAAAUACAAAACAGAGGGUGCGCUUAUCACUAACGUAACAAUCAAAUACAAAUCAGAGCUUGCGGUCAUCACUAACGUAACAAUCGAAUACAAAACAAAGGUUGCGCUCAUCACUAACGUGACAAUCAAAUAUAAAACAGAGGUUGCACUUAUCACUAACGUAACAAUCGAAUACAAAACAGAGCUUGCGCUUAUCACUAACGUAACAAUCAAAUAGAAAACAUGGCGUGCGCUUAUCACUAACGUAACAAUCGAAUACAAAACAGAGCUUGCGCUUAUCACUAACCAAACAAUCAAAUAGAAAACAGAGCCUGCGCUUAUCACUAAUGUAACAAUCAAAUACGAAACAGGGCGUCUGCUUAUCACUAACGUAACAAUCGAAUACAAAGCAGACCGUGCGCUUAUCACUUAUGUAACAAUGAAAUACAAAACAGAGGUUGCGUUUAUCACUAACGUAACAAUCGAAUACAAAACAGAGCUUACGCUUAUCACUAACGUAACAAUCGAAUACAAAACAGAGCUUGCGCUUAUCACUAACGUAACAAUCAAAUACAAAACAGAGCAUGCGCUUAUCACUAACGUAACAAUCAAGUACAAAACAGAACUUGCACUUAUGACUAACGUAAUAAUCGAAUACAAAACAGAGCUUGCGCUUAUCACUAACGUAACAAUCGAAUACCAAACAUAGCUUGCGCUUAUCACUAACGUAACAAUCAAAUACAAAACAGAGCGUGCGCUUAUCAGUAAGGUAACAAUCAAAUAUAAAACAGAGCUUGCGGUUAUCACGAACGUAACAAUCGAAUACAAAACAGAGCGUGCGCUUACCACUAACGUAACAAUCAAAUACAAAACAGAGCGUGCGGUUAUCACUAACGUAACAAUCGAAUACAAAACAAGCUUUGGGUUAUCACUAACGUAACAAUCAAAUACAAAACAGAGCUUGCGCUUAUCACUAACGUAACAAUCGAAUACAAAACAGAGCUUGCGCUUAUCACUAAUUUAACAAUCAAAUACAAAACAGAGCUUGCGCUUAUCACUAACGUAACAAUCAAAUACAAAACAGAGCUUGCGCUUAUUACUAACGUAAGAAUCGAAUAGAAAACAGAGCGUGCGGUUAUCACUAACGUAACAAUCAAAUACAAAACAGAGCUUGCGCUUAUCACUAACGUAACAAUCAAAUAUUAAACAGAGCUUGCGCUUGUCACUAACGUAACAGUCGAAUACAAAACAGAGCUUGCGCUUAUCACUAACGUAACAAUCGCAUACAAAACAAGUUUGCGCUUAUCACUAACGCAACAAUCAAAUACAAGACAGAGCUUGUGCUUAUCAUUACGGUAACAAUCAAAUACAAAACAGAGCUUGCGCUUAUCACUAACGUCACAAUCGAAUACAAAACAGCUUGCGCUUAUCACUAACGUAACAAUCGAAUACAAAACAGAGCUUGCGCUCAUCACUAACGUAACAAUCGAAUACAAAACAGAACGUGCGCUUAUCACUAACGUAACAAUCAAAUACAAAACAGAGCUUGCGCUUAUGACUAACGUAACCAUCGAAUACAAAACAGAGCUUGCGCUUAUCACUAAUUUAACAAUCAAAUACAAAACAGAGCUUGCGCUUAUCACUAACGUAACAAUCAAAUACAAAACAGAGCUUGCGCUUAUUACUAACGUAAGAAUCGAAUACAAAACAGAGGGUGCGGUUAUCACUAACGUAACAAUCAAAUACAAAACAGAGCUUGCGCUUAUCACUAACGUAACAAUCAAAUAUUAAACAGAGCUUGCGCUUGUCACUAACGUAACAGUCGAAUACAAAACAGUGCUUGCGCUUAUCACUAACGUAACAAUCGCAUACAAAACAAGCUUGCGCUUAUCACUAACGUAGCAAUCAAAUACAAGACAGAGCUUGUGCUUAUCAUUAUGGUAACAAUCAAAUACAAAACAGAGCUUGCGCUUAUCACUAACGUAACAAUCGAAUACAAAACAGCUUGCGCUUAUCACUAACGUAACAAUCGAAUACAAAACAGAGCUUGCGCUUAUCUUUUACGUAGUAAUGAUGUACAAAUAUAUUGUGCGGAUAUCACUAACGGAACAAAAUACAGAACAGUGCGUGCACUUAUCACUGACGUAACAAUGUAAUACAAAUAUAGUGUGCGGUUGUCACUUACUUUAUAAUCAAACACAAAACUGAGAGUGCGCUUAUCUUUAACGUAGUAAUGAAUUUCAAAUAGUGUGUGCGCUUAUCAUUAACGUAAUAUAUCAAACAUGAGACGCAGUGUUUCAUCACCAGAUGAAACACCGAGAAGAGAGUUGGAAAUACGACGCGUAGCGGAGUAUUUUGACGAACUUCGAGGUGUUUCAUCUGGUGAUGAAACACUGUGUCGAAUGUUUGAUAUUUCUUCUCAAACAAAAUCAUUGUUGAAGGAGAAAUUAAGGAUGCAAAAAUGAGCAGUUUUUCAUCCGAUAUCCAAACACUCAUUAAACAUUAAUUUCCUUUGAAUUUUCUUUAUGAAUUAUUAAUGAGUUUGAGAAGUAACAAUCAAAUACAAAACAGCGCGUGCGUUUAACACUAACGUUACAACGUAGUACAAAUAUAGUGUGCGGUUAUCACUAAUAUAACAAUCAAAAACAAAACAGAGCGUUCGCUUAUCACUGACUUAGGAAUAAAGGAAAAAUAUAGUCUGUGCUUAUUACUGAUGUAACAAUCAAACACAAAAUAGAGCGUGCGCUUAUUGCUAAUCUUGCAAUGAAUUACAAGUAUAGUUUGUGCUUAUUACUUACCUAACACUCAAGCACAAAAUAUAGUGAGCGGUUAUCACUAACGUAACAAUCAAACACAAAACAGAGCUUGCUCUUAUUACUAAUCUCGCAACGAAGUACAAGUAUAGUUUGCGCUUAUUACUGACCCAACACUAAAACACAAAAUAUAGUGUACGCUUAGGACUAACGCUACAACCAAACACAAAACAGAGGUGGUGCUUAUUAGUACCGUAGCAAUUAGGUACAAAUAUAGUGUUCGCUUAUUACUGAGGUAACACUCAAACAAAAUAUAGUGUGCGCGUUUUACUAACGUAACAACCAAACACAAAACAGAGCCUUCGCUCAUCUCUCAAGUCACUAUAAAGUACAAAUAGAUUGUGCGCGUGUCACUAACGUAACAAUGAACGAACAAAAUUGUGCUCCUAUCAUUAACGCAGCAUUAAAUUAAAAAAACUAUAGUAUGUGCUUAUUACUAACGUUACAAUCAAGCGCAAAACAGAGCGUUCCCCUAUAACUUGAGAACAGGGCGGCCCUGCUUGAGAAUGAAGCGUAAAACAGAGUGCGUGUUUAUCACCAACGUAACAAAGAAGUACAAAUAUAGUGUGGGCUUAACAAUAAUAUAACAAACAGACACAAAGCAAAGCGCACCCUUAUAACUAACGUAAGAAUAAAGCGGAAAACGUAGUUUAGUUGGCGCUUAUCACUACUUUAAGAGUGAAACAUAACAGAGCGCUCGCUAAUCACUUAUGUAACAAUGAAACAAAACAGAACUCACGUUAAAACUAAUCUUAACUUAGUGUGUGCGUUAUCAGUAACAGUCAAACACAAUGCAGAAUGCGCGCUCAUCGCUUACGCUAUAAUACAACACAGCAGCGAGCUUAACACUGACCUAACAGUCAAACAUAGGAACGAGACGCGCGCUUGUCAAUGACGUAGGGUCGUGAGUUCCUUUCUCACCUGGCGCUCUGAUUUUUUUCUGAGCUUUCUGGGGGUUAGAAAUCUCCUUCCUCCAAACACAAAACAAAGUGUGCGCGUCACACCGACGCAUCAAACAAGCCUAACACAUUGCGCGCGCUUACCACUAACACAACUAUUAACCCAACACUGGGUGCGCGCUUAUCAAUAACACAAAACAGAUUGUGUACCUACCACAAACUUAUUUUUUGACAGAGGUUGAGGAAGCAACGAGUUCCUUAAUUAAAUAGUGUAUCGAAUUGUUGUCUUACAAGUAGCGAAAACGCGUUUAGCCCUUCAUUUUAUUUAUACAAACUAUGACUUAUUUUAUCUUUUGCUAUUUUCAGGGAUAUGAACCAACACUGUUAAGAACACAGGUAUUUUGCUCUAAAUAACCUUCUCGGCUGUCCUUCAGUUACUUGUUGUCUCAGUUAGACUGUUACUCCAUGAUGUAUCUGCUAAGCAUUUUCACGCUGAGCGGAAAAACAAGAAAAGAAGUUAAACUUCUUACGCAAAGUAUGGCGUUUCUUUCACAGUCGCUAUAAUUCAGUGGUAUACGAUUGUCAAUCUGAAUUCAAUUGGGGGGUCGCCAAAUACGUGAAUUAAAUUUGAUUUUACGCAUCCUGAGGAAUCGAAUGUUUAUCGGACGUUCCUACUUAAAACUACAUCAAGGAGGCAUUGAGUUACGUGGGAUAUUAGCAACUCCUUAAUGAAUUGCUACACUCCUUGUUAGCAAUAAUAACUAUAGUUUGCUUAUUUUUCAGUACCGUUGCCAUCCUGCAAUAAGUGCCAUAUCCAACAGGUUGGUAGUCUCUCCGCUUGAAUACUUAUUGACUAAUCACCCAGUUCUGUGUGAAGGCGUACAGGUUUUCUAUUCUGAUAGUUCUUAUCUCUUUCUUUGAUAUUUUGCUAACUUCCCCCCUAUAAUUUCCUGACUAACAAACUUUUGGACUAGAAGCUUUACGAGCACUCAACCAUCUGCACAUUUAUGAAGAAGAAUAUUUUCGCCCCGAACUUUCUUGAAAGACCUUCGGGAACAUCAGGUGGCAAAAAUCCUCGAGAAUUUUUACCUCUAUCGUAAAAGGUGCCCGCGCAAAAAGUGAUUGAAAGUCUUAUAUGUUAACUUAAUAACAAGCCUCAUCAGCAUUACGUUUUAAUACAUUUUUUCUAUUGGUAAAUAUGAAAACGAGAUUUGAUUUCUUUUAACAGGCUGUUUUAUGACAACAAACUUCUCGAUGGUGUAUCUGAUGAGGAUCGUUCUCCAAUAGUGGUUAGUGAAUUUGAUCAUCCCACAAAUAUUCUUAAAAGGGUUUAUAUCGUUGUGUUUACAACAAAGUUUUGUUGCACAGCCCUGGAGUUUUUCCAAAUCAAGCUUUCCAGUGGAUGAAUUUAUCCGUUUUACGUCCUUUAUUGUCUUACGAUAGCUCGAACACGGCUGAUUAAUAUGACCAUUUUUUCGACCUUGACUAUCGUUCUAAAUAUUUUGUUCUGUAGAACCUUGUUCCCACUCUUUGCUUCUUCAAUGUGGCUAAAGGAAGGGAGAAAUGCGGCAAUGAUGGCAGCUACUACAAUGAGGAGGAGGUAAAAGAAAAUUGCCCCCCACCCCUCCUAACCUGAUACACUUAAUACGAGCAGCUGCUCAGCCUCUUGAGUAUGACUGUAUUGUUAUAUUAUUAUUUACCAGUAACGCCUACCCUUCGAAGCCUAAGAUUGAUGACGUGGGGUCGGCUAAAUAUUACGAAAAAAAGAAAAAUGCAAAGUACAUUUCUAGUUUACAGGACUGUGAUUGAAUGAGGAAACAGACUGUCUAAAUUUAGUUAAAUUAGUGUUGUCAAAGAGAGACUGAGGCAGAUAUUUCCACUGAGUGGUUGUUCUAGGGUAGAAUGAGAGAAAGAGAGACUGUCUAGUUUUCAUGUCAUUUUUGCCUCUGAUGUCGUUUGUUACUAUUGUGUUUGUAGGCCAAAUUUGUUGUCUUUCUCAUCGAAAGCUUGCUGGAGUCUGGGAUGCAACCAUCACAAAUAGGUAUGUACUGUGUCCAGCUCUCUGGGCGUGGUGUUAGUGUCAGUUUGGACGCCGUAUCAAGAAUUCAGGGUUCAAGCCCUGUCUGUGUCACUGUGUUGUGUUCUUGGCUAAUACACCUUACUCUCUCAUUGCCUUACUCCUGCACUCAAGUGUAUAAAUGGAUACCAGCGAAUUUAAUGCUGGGUUUUUUUUGAUGGACUGGGGUCCCGUCCAGGGGGGAUAGAAAUAUUCCUUUUCGCUUCAUGCUGCAGAAGAUCCAGCGUGAUCAGGCACUUGGCUCUAAUGCAAACUUACCUUGCCUACCUAGUGUUGAAGAGGUCUUGAAGAUACAUACAGUUUCAGAAUUUAACUUCUAACUUCUCAUCAACCCAAACGCAAACUAUACACUUGGCAGAUUUUAAAUAAUUCUGUUAUUAUGCCCUCUGAUGAAAGUCCAAUAGCAGAGUACUAAAGCUUGUCGUUUUGUUUUUCAACAGCACUACUUUGCGGUUUUCUUUAGGAGUGAUUACGCUGUACAAGAGUCAGCUUCGCACAGUAGCCAGCCAAUUAACAGCAUCUGGGUAAGAACGUUUAAAUGUAGAGUUGCGAUUUAUUAAUAACAUUGCGCUCAUCAUCUGACACAUCAUCUCGCUUAAGAAAAACUGUAGUGUUUAAAAGGAACUAAGAAUAUUCCAUCAUAAUACUUGAAUAAGGACAGUGUUAUAAGUAUAGGAUCAAAAAUCGCAUUAUAUUGAUCAAUAUGCAAUUGAAUGCGAGCAAUGGGGGAAACGGUCCCUUGAAUACUAGCUCUAUCCGCUGUGCGGAGUGCUGUCUACAGUCUAGCCCAACAAAUCUAACAAAUCUUAACUGUUAUUUGCCUUACAUUGUUUCUGCAGGACUACUUCUCAUGCGGAGCUCAAAGCCAUUCAGGUGAAUACCGCAAACGUUUCUACAUAUGUAAUGGUAAUUAUAUAAUUAAGAAAGGGUUGUUGCUGACAAAUGGACCUUCUGGAUAUGUCUUUGCUAUUGGUCACCUUUAUUGUCAUUUAUUGAGUACUCGACAAGUAUUAAGUCCUAGUCGAUCAGUGGGUGGUUUCAUACUAGGACUUGGACUUCAAGGUAGUCACCCACCGGAUAGGUGUUUUGACUAGUGAUUUUUUCCAGGGAUUUUCUGUGAUCGUUUUGACUGCCAAGCUCCUCAAAGUGGCAUUUCUUCUCAAGUGAAACGGUUAGUCAGCGACAAAAAGUCCAAAAAUAAACAAAACAACAACAAUUUUCCAUAGUCUGUACUCCUAUCGACCAUUCAAAUGACGUCAAAAUGUUCAAAACUCCAAGUGAAACCACGAGCGUCAAGAGAAUGGUGUCACUGCAAUAAUUGAUCGAUAGGAUUUACAGUUUUUGGCGUCCAUUUCCGCUGAGAUUUCUCGGAAAACCGGGCGUACAAGAGGACAAAAACAAACUGUGCGAUCAUGACGUCAUUUCCAUAGUCUACUGUUAUCGACCAGAGCUCUCGACCAAUCAGCGCGCGAGAAAUCGCACUGUUAUCGUAAAAUUAUUUUUUGCUCUCUUCAGAUAUCAACUGUUGAUGCUUUUCAAGGCGGAGAGAAGGAUGUUAUUAUAUUGUCCUGUGUUCGUACAGAUCACAUUGGAUUCAUUGACUGUGACAAGUACGUUUGGCUGCUAAACCCAGUAUUGUAUAUCUUGUGUUAGGUAGUCAACCCUACCUAAGGCCGAAUUCGUUGCGGCUUACACUAAGUCUCCUUGCUCAAGAGGUGUUUGCGUAUAGAAAGUCAAACAAGAGGAAAGAAGCACGGAAGAGUGUUGAUGACGUUCAGAUUAUGACUUGCGAGGGGAAUGCGGCGAGCGUGGGCGCCCUGUUUAUUUAGCAUUCGAAAUGUGUUCAAUUUUGCUAAAUAUACGUAAUUCUAUUUAAAACUAAUUUAACAAUAAUUUCAUUUCAUUUCAUGAAUAAUAAGUAAUUCUAUCCUUUUUUUUUAUCUUAGACGCAGUAAUGUUGCCCUAACAAGAGCGAAGAGGUUUGUACCAUCUUUUUCGGUGAUCUUUACUUUGGUUUAUCCUUGUCUUUGUUGACGGUCCUUCGCGUUUGUCUUUGUCUUGUUUUCCUUAAGGGAUAGAUCAUACUUCUCAACAAAAUUGCGGUGUCUUUUAUUAUAUUUAAAUCAAAGAUACUGCUCGUAAGCUGGUUUUUGUUUCUUCCCAGGCAUUUGCUCAUUGUUGGCAACCUUAAAAUGCUGUCUUGUAACGCUGUAUGGGGCAAAGUCAUCGAACACUGUGGAAGUAAGUUGCUUAUUCCCCCCGCUUUUUUUAUGAUAUAAUCAGGCAAAAUUUUCUCAGUUCCCUUGAUAGCCUUCCAUUCAUGCCCAUACAUUACGGAAAAAAUAGGUCACCGUAGGAGGCAUGAAAUAAGAUCGUGUUCCAACCAGAUCCCACCCCUCCCUCCUUUGUAAGUCAAAUGGUAGGCCCCUAACUUGUGGUCUGGGUCAUAGCAUAUGAGAUCUUCUUACUAUUUAUAGACUUAUCUUUUGGCCAAAAAAGCUUUUAGUCAAUCAGAGCAGCAUAGGACUUUCAGCAAUGGCGAAGAUUGUUAAAUCGGUUGAAAUACCUUGGAAGCGAUUUCCAAGGAGACGCUUGGUAAGGGGUCGAUUCUCAUUGUAUGGACCUUAGUGAAAUCAGCGACUGAUAUCACGAGGAAGUUAAAUCUGAAAAUAGAAUAAAAGUCUGACGUACGCGCGGUGCCACUGCAGGGUAUUGGGGCUCCUGCUGUUGUCGAUUUUUUUACUGUUUGGGCCAGAGACUGGGUCAGUGUUGGUUUGCAUUGCAUCGUGGGACUCUUAUUGGGGACGAAUUCUGCCCUAGUUUCUGCGCAAGGUCAUAAAAAAGAGAUAUCAUCUCCAAUAAUAUACCCCAGCGAAAUACGACACAACACCGACUCAGGAUAAAGAGGAACCUGAACAUGCCGAUAUGCAACGUAAAGAUUUUAACGUCACUGUUUUAAUUUCAAUAGAUUUUCCAAACGGACUUUGCAACUCAGACGUGUUUAUGGAGAAGUGUCAAGAGAAGGAGUCGAAUGCUUUGGACGAAGGU